CCUCUUGGCUGAGCGGCGGUGUGGAACCGAGGACGCGCACCAGUUGGAAGGGGCAGAGCGCCGGCCGGGGAGAUCCGGGUUCGUGCACGAGCAUGACGUGUACAACAGAACCAAAACAGAGCAGGUGCUGCAGGCUGGAGGCUCCCGGCUCGUUCCUGCACACAGGUUGAUACAGACACCCCAGCAGUCAAGAUGGCGGAGGGCAAUUUUGAUCCCUGUGAGUGCAUCUGCACCCAUGACUUUGCAAUGCGAAGACUGAUUAAUCUGCUUCGGCAGUCUCAGUCUUACUGCACAGACAACGAAUGCUUACAAGAAUUGCCGGGACCCAAUUCCUCUGGCGAUGGUGGCGUUAGCAUUGCAAUGAUCGCCAUGGCCUGGCUCGUCAUCGGUUUCAUGUUAUACCUGCUCAGACCCAGAAGUCUUCGGAGACCCAGGGCAAUUGGAAAACCUGCCAGUCCACACAAUGAUCGAGGCCAUGAACCACCAGCGCCUCCAGUAGAUUAGCCUCCAGUGAUACCUAAAAUGCUACAGUUUUGCACGACCAAAUGGAUACAGAAUGGCCAGACUACUCUAAAAUUGAUAAUUAUACUUUUGCUCCUUUCCGAUGAGGCUGACAACAACUGAACGGCAUCCUGAGAUCCACAUCCUUGCGUCAGUGAUAUAGGGUCUUUGUGCCGGAGCAUCUUAUUGGUUCCACUCAUUCCUGCGAUACUUAUGCUCUUUGCUUGCAGACCUAGGCAGUAGACAACACUGUAAAUUUCCUUUUCACUUCUACCUUUGUCUGGACUUGCAUUAAGGCUGAAAGUCUUCAGACACAUUAGACAAUGUAUUUUGUCAUAUAUUUACUUGGUACUAAGAUUGGAUCUGCAGAUGUUUAUCGUAAUGUGAACCUGACACCUCAGUGUGAGUUUUCAUACUGUUGGGUACAAAGAAACAUUCCUUCAGUUAUUACAACAAUAAAAAGAUAAUAUGUCACAGUAA